AUCAUAUUCAAUUCUAUCAUAGGGGCGGUUCGAGGGUGAACUGGUAACGUUAACAAGUUUGUCUUCAUGAUUCGGUAGCGUGGGCAUGCUGAGUUAGCUUGCAUCUGAUGAUAGCUGUGGCUCACAGAAGUCCAUUGAGCAGGGCGGCGGAAGACUCAUGGCCAUGCUUUUCAUUGCCUUUAGUAUUGGGGUUGCUAUGGCGGACUGCAUUGAACCCGUGCCAGGCAUCAAUUUUCUGCUCCAGGUGGAAAAACAGAGAAAGUUUGCGAGAGGAGCAGGAGGACAUUUGACAAAUUGCGGGCGGUUGAUCUACGAAAUAUGCGAUCUAACUGCCAACAGCUUCUGCAGCAACAACUGCAAAGUGCACACUCACGGGCAGGAUUGCUAUCGGCCAGUUCCAGAGGUGAUGGCCGAACAUCCAGGAAUGGAUGGCUAUUGCUAUUUCAAUCAAACUGCUCUUUGGGUGUCUCCGUUACCUGAUAACGAUCAGGAUUUUAUCGAAUAUGCCAAGGAGGGCAUACUUGGUCUAAGAAAGAUGGGUGACUACCGCGGGAAAGAUCAUGGUCCCCUGAUCACUUUCAAUUUUGAGGGCCAGGUAAUCACAAGCUACAUGGACGCAAACCAUUAUUCCUAUGAUGACCUCUACGGAUACUCCUUGGGCUAUUUGCAAGGGCAGGGCCUAGAUACAGAAUUGAUGAAGAACGCCAGCGGCUGGAUAGCCAUUUCGAGGCAGAAGUGUUUGGAGAUCCAGACCAAGUACAACUUCCAACCUGAAGAGUUGGUGCUGGCUGAUUGGUUGGACAACAACGUGGUCAUUUCGACGAAGGUGAUGUGCAGCGCAAACCUCACCGCUGUGCACCAGCCUCCUGAUGUCAAAGAAAAAGCCAAGUGGAGAAGCCCGACGGAUUGCGAGCCCAUCACGGCCAGGGAUUUUGCCAAGCACCAUUACAUCAAGUGCCUCCUCGGAUACCCGAAUUCUGCGUCAGAUGGUGCAUAUCUCAAUGCACGCGCGUGUCUUGUAGGAAAUCAUGUAGGACACUUUACUGAUUGCCCCUAUUCACCAAAUGUCCACUUUUGAGGCUCGAGCAGCGGCCAAAUCACCAAAUGCACAGUUUUGAGGCUCGAGCAGCGGCCAAAUCACCGGCUCGAGCAGCGGCCAAAUCACCAAAUGCACAGUUUUGAGGCUCGAGCAGCGGCCAAAUCACCGGCUCGAGCAGCGGCCAAAUCACCAAAUGCACAGUUUUGAGGCUCGAGCA